AUGUCGUGGGUGAAAGAAUCAAAACUUUCCUGGCCGCAAUGGCUCGCAGCAAAAGUGAUGACAGCCGGUCCACUUCCGCGACACGUCGGAUUUAUCAUGGACGGAAACAGGCGAUAUGCAGCCAAGAGGAACAUGGACAAAGUUCGUGGACACGUAGAAGGAUUUGAUCGUCUUUCUGAUGUGCUCAAUUGGUGCCGUGAGCUAGGAAUCCGCGAAGUUUCCGUGUAUGCAUUUAGCAUCGAAAACUUCAAAAGGAGCGUGGAUGAAGUAAACGCUUUGAUGAAGCUGGCGUGCGAUAAGGCGGAACUUGUAAUUGAGGAACGAGAUAAAUUUGCUGAAGUGGGUUUGAAAAUUCGUUUUUUUGGAGAUUUUUCGCUCCUGACGGCAGAAGUUCGAGAGCAUCUCUCUCGUGUCAUGGAAACAACGAAGCGUAACAGCAAUUUUGCGUUAAAUAUUUGUUUUUCUUACACUGGACGUAACGACAUUUUGAGGGGGGUGAACAACGUGCUAAGAGCUGUACGAGAGGAGAUUUUGGAACCGUCGGAUGUUUGUUCCGGUGUUGUAGACCUAUCCUUAGACACUUGUGAUUCCCAACCGCUGGAUUUGGUCGUCAGAACUUCAGGCGAAGUUCGCUUAUCCGACUUCAUGUUGUGGCAGAGCGAUUUUGCUGUGAUUCAUUUCACCCGUGUGCUGUGGCCUGAACUGAGUUUCUGGCAUAUUCUCGGAGCUGUACUUCAUUUUCAAGUUCAUUUACCGUUUAUUCAGGAUCUGAAGCAGAAGCAUGAAAACGGAAAAGACAAAUUAUGUCGAGAUGUUCGUAAAACGCAAGACUUCCUGCAGAACGUUCGACUGAUAUCUGUCACGGAGGAAACAAAAAAGAUUCCCAACAUGGGUCAUCGUGGCGGGCAACUAAUGGAUGAGAUAAGUCGAUUCGAGGCGGAAAUCUCCCGCAGCACUAAUGCAUUUGCUGGGCCCCCGUCGACAGCGUUUAUCCCGCAUCAAUUGCAGACCAGUAGUGAAUAUCACAACCAUGGAUGGUCAACCAUGUAUCCGUCUGCUCAUUACCAUGCAUCUGGCCACUUUCCGGAGCAAAUUUCAGAACCAGUAGAAAGAGCGGACUCCGCAAAUGCUACUCCAACCCCUGCAGUUAUUAUGGCUGCCCCCAAGAGAUACGGUCCCGUACAGCCAGAGUUGCCGCUUGUCGCCUCAACGUCGUCCACAUCUUAUUACAAGCCCUCGUCAGCAGUUGUUCCUGCUGCUGCUCCGAAUCCCAUUUCGAAAACUCUGAAGCAGUCGACCAGCGAUAAUGGAUUUUUUUCAGUUUAUCAGUAUAAUCCUGACGGAAGCAAACGCAGAAUGAAGAAAUGUAUUCGAACGGCUGGUGGGCAGAUUUGGGAUGACACUUCAUUGAAUGAAUGGGACCCAGAUGACUUCCGAUUGUUUUGUGGAGACUUGGGUAACGACGUGAAUGACGACGUGUUGAUGCGGACUUUUUCGAAAUAUCCGUCGUUCACCAGAGCAAAAGUUGUGAAGGAUAAAAGAACGAAUAAAUCCAAAGGCUAUGGGUUCGUUAGUUUCAAAGACCCGAAGGAUUAUGCGAAAGCCGUUCGAGAAAUGAACGGAAAAUACGUUGGCAGUCGUCCCAUCAAACUGAAAAAAAGCAAUUGGAGGGACAGAAACUUGGACGUCGUGCGAAAGAAAAAAGUUGAGCGCGCCGCUAUGGGAUACAAAGUUUAA